AUGCCAUCUCCUUUGCUCACCUACCCGGAGUCCAGCAGCGAAAGCUCCGAAAGUGAUGACGAUUUGGGCCGUGUUUGCGAAGAGGAAUUCGCCCAGCUGUUCGACAUACCGAAACGAAUACCGAAGGCCACAGGUUACGUGGUGAACGUUGUCCGGAUGUACUCCGACAAAGAGUUUCGCAGGAACUUUCGGCUGCCAAGAAUGUCAUCUUACGCCUUGAUCGAGCGUUUCUCGCAGUCAAGUUUCUACCCCUCCAACCAAAGGCAUGGUGGCUCACCAGCCAAAACUGCUGAGGAGCAUAUCCUUUCCUUUCUCUGGUACGCUGCAAACAAGGCUUCCAUGAGAGAAGUGUCCGUGCUUUUUGAUAUGGCAGAGUCGACACUACUCGCCAUCAUAAACAGGGUUCUCGACUUCAUGUGCAGUGUAGCACCAGGUGUAAUCUAUUUUCCAAAAAACAAAGAAAGUGUUGCAAGAGAAUUUGAAAAGGUUGCUGGGUUUCCCAACGUGCUCGGUUGUAUUGAUGGGACAUGCAUUCCAAUGAGAUGCCCAAACAACAAAGUCAGAUCAACAUACAUUAACAGACACCACCAAGUUGCACUCACAAUGCAAGGCAUAUGCGACAACAAUGGAAGAUUUCAGGACGUUUUCACGGGCAUCCCGAGCAAGAUUCAUGACUCCAGAGUCCUUCGACUGUCAACAGUGAAUGUGGACCUACCAACCAUUUGCAACAUUAACCAGUACCACCUUCUUGGAGACGCAGCAUACUCUAUCAGGGAACACCUCCUCACUCCAUACAAAGAUUAUGGAGUAAUGACAGAAGCACAGAUGUUCUACAACAAGUGUGACUGUUCGACUCGUGUCAUCAUUGAGAACGCAUUCGGGCGCCUGAAACAAAGGUUCCGGCAACUGCGCUACAUUGAAUUUCAAACAGUGGACAAAAUAACACAGUUCAUUAUAGCUUGCUGCACUGUACACAAUAUUUGUAGAGAUGAUGGGGAUAUCAACGUUGAUGACAUUCUGACUGAUGACGACCUGCAGGAAAGACAACAAGACAUUGCUGAGCAUCUCCUUUUUCAAGAGGAAGAGCUCAAAAAAGUAAGCCAAUUGGUACUGACACAACGAGAAUCGGCUCUGCGGCGCCUUGGGGAACUGAAGCGGGACAACAUAGCACAGCGUCUAAGUGUGCUUAUGCCAGCAUAAUUGCCCAGCUGGGCUCGUAUUCUCAAACGAUUGCGGAAGGCGGUAGUAUCACGUUUGGUGACAUAGAAUCUGAUGCGUUCAAUAAUUGAAGAAACACUUGCCUGUGACGUCAUUGUUGCACUGGCUGUUGGUGUUAUGAAUGUCUCACAACACAGGAGUGAGCGUACCGUACGAGCGCAGAGCGACCCGAGUGCGGAGUUUUCGAGCGUAUGCUGGCUUCUACGCAGUGGCCAGGCUUGGCUGUGGCUACUUGAAAUAUAGGACGUGUUUCAACGGUUCUUUGUGCAAUUGUUUAUUGCACAGUAUAAUAUUUAAAAAAUGCAACAUUGUGUGAAAUGUAUUUUCGUUGAGAGUUUAACACGACGUACUCGGAGAGUUCAGCUGUAAGUGUGCCGUUGCGAGCGCGCGAUAAACCGCGCGAGCAACGCACGGUUCAUGUUCCUGGAACGUUCAAACCAAGAAAAAACGUACUUACAAAGAACGAGUACUGAAAACACCCCUAGUUAAUGCUCGCUAAAAGCUUCAGCGUAAAAAAUGCUGCGUACAUCCACCGACGACUGAAUACUAGAAGCUACCAUCUAUGUCUAUGAAAUGUCAGACUUCACCACCAACCGACGGUGAUAAGGUGCGUUCGUUUAUUCCAGGCAUGUCAGGAGCACAGUCACAUCAACGAAAAUACUGGAUGGUGCCCUCACUUUUCCGGUUUUGCUCACUAGCCAAUCAGCGCACACCAAACCUCAUACUUUUGAGAUUGUCGCCUUUUGCGAUCGUUUGAGAAUACGACCCAUAUGUGCGAAAAAAGUGUUAGAAGAUGUCUGUGCAUUCAAACAUAUUUUUAUUGACAAAAGUUGUUGUCAUAAAUAAAAUGAAACGUUUUUACAAUGACGCCACUUGCGUGACAAGACCUACAACUCCGAGGUUUAAAUAAAUAUAACUUGCAUAUCAUAUCUAUGCACUCUAUCUCACUGUUUAGACAGUUGUACUCGUUCUCCCUUCCUUUCCUAUCUCCUGAAGUGCCUUCAUGUAAUCUGCAUGUGCUUGCAGAAUUUCCUGAUGACGUCGUGCGCGUGCUUCUUCACGCCUUCUCUCCCUAUCUUCUUUACGAGCUUCACGUUGGUCAUUAAUUUUGUGCAUCUCGUCAAAAAACAUCUUCAUGUGCUUCAUACGGUCAGUGCUUGGACGGCGAUUUCUUGGCCGUUCAUCUCUUUCUUUGGCUCGGGUAGCAUCAGAACUCAUCCCGACAUUAUCAUCCUGAUCCGCAGAUUCUGCAUUGAAUUCGUGGCUAUGUGGACUGGGGUUUGAGUUGUCUUCAGCGGCACGCACCGCUGAAGGUACACGUUUGUACGUGACCUUCCUAACUCCUCUGAGAACCUCUGGUUCCAGGCUGUCAUCCAUAGCUCGAAUCGCUGCGAACACUUCCUCAUAUGAAACAUUACAGCGUGACUGGCCAGAUGUGCGAUUGUUGCGAUCUUCAUUGCGUUUUCGCCUCGAAAUGGUCUUAAAACGUGUCUCGCACUGAACACCAUUCUUCGAAUAUUAAGCAGUGCAAAAAUAUCACGUGAAAUUUGAUCAAACAUUUCCCUCUUGCAUUUAAACCUCUUCAUUGGCCCUA